CUAAAUUUUAGUGAAGAUGUCUAGACAAAAUCCAUCUGAGAAGAAACAUCCUAAAGGCAAGGAAGAAACCAAGGCAGAAACUAAGGUAGAAGUCAAGGCAGAAGCCUAUGAUAUAAUCUCAGAUACGUUCAAGAAGGUAGCAAAGAGCUCUACCGGUAAUGACCAGGGAGAUGACAAUUCAACAAAUUAUGAAUUAGCACUCAAUCAGAAUGCAACCAACCUCAAAAGAGUGAUGAAGAAUGUUAAAUAAAAUUGAGAAGGUCUACUCUGAGAAGACAGAUGAUUGUUAUUUGUAUUCAAAGAAAGUUACAAAUGAAGAGUACAAAAAGGCAGCAGAACAGGGAUACUAUUUCCUUUUCAUUGAGCAAGAGUUAGUCUUUGAGUCCCACUUCUACAUCCAGGGUAUGAAUGCAGAAGAAAUUUUAAAAUCCGCACUUCGAUUUGACCAUGAUAUCUCAGUAGCACAACUUUUCAUUCCAGCUCUCAGCUGCUUCAUAUGCGGUUCUUCUUUGGCAAACAUGGAUAAUUUAGUUCGCCACUACAGGAAGCAUCCCCUUAUUGGGUCUAGAGAAGGAAUGCGGAAUAAGCAUAUUGAAGUAUAUUUCAGAGGGAUCAGCUGCUUUGAGAUUAGUGUUGUCCCAUGAAUCUUCAUCCUUGAUAAGUAUAGCAUUCUCUGGGACCCAGUCAAGCACUUGUCUAAUAUAUGAUAUGAUAAAUAGCUCCAAAAGCAUCACUCAAAAAAUGAUCGACGAAACUCCUGUAUGGGAAGAAGACACUCAGAAUUUUUAAUAGUUCUAUUCUCAAUCAAGACGACAGACUUGUGACUUGUGGGAGAAGAAUGAUUGUGGAUUACAUCAAAUGACCUAGUAAAAACUAUGAAAGCUUCUUCAGAAAAGCAUAUACUUGUGGAAAUAAAUGGACCAAAAACAAGAAAAAUUAUAUUUCCAAUAAGCAAAAAGCUCGCAUUAAACAAAGAGCUAAAAGUUUUAAAAACACUCGAAAGAAUGAGAUAAAAAUAGGGAAAGGAAACACUAGGGUAGAAGGAGAGGCUAGAUUUCGCUUACCCUUUCCAGGGAUGAAAUUGAAGCCGGAAGAAUAUCAGAAAUUACUUGCCCAGAUUGGUAGCAAAAGACAUAGCUUUAUUAACCCAGUGUCCAAUGAAGAUAUUCACUCAGAGUUUUGAAAAGGAGAGUUUAAAAGUCAUAUUCAUAUACCAGAAAUGGAUCUUUCCAGAAUCAAGGCAAAUAAAUUAAUCGAGAAAUACCUUGGAGAAGGAUGUACCAAAGACAUAUAUCACCCUCACUACUUUGUGGCAGCCUUCAUGCAAGCUUGGAACAAGAUGGCUAUGGGAGUGAAAAGAGGAGCAUCAAUUACAGGCUCUGUAGGCAAAAUGAUAGAUUGAAUGAUUGGAUACUGGAUAGAAUUCAAAUGGGAUUAUUAUUCCAAGCAGCUAGAAUAUAGAGAGACCAAGAGAUAUGUCUUCUUCCACUUCCUUGAGAACCUUCAUUUUAGAAAGAUUAUAAACUCGAAUGACUUCUUCACCAAAAUGUUCAUUUAUGAUUACAUAGAUAAAUUUUUAAGCAUAAAGAAUGGCCUGAUUAAUCAAGAAAUCCCAUCAGAAAGUCAACUAGACCCUGACUCCCAAAUCAAGAUGGAAAGCCCAGUGGAUCUAUUACAGCCGGAUAAUGAACUCGACUUAGCACCAUUCUCUCCAGAACCGUGCUCCCUUGCCCCUCUCAUGGACUUCAUAAACUCCAAGCGUGAGACUGUCAUAAAUUACAAAAUGGAUGCCCUUGAGGGCGAAUGCAACAAUUUUUAGUUCAAUCUUACAACACAUUUAA